CGGGUUCCGUGUGAAAAGAGUGAGGGGGCUCGGGUGCAAAGUUUGCUCGCCCGGCGCCUGCGGAGGGAGCGGCGGCGGCGGCGGCGCGGGGGGAGCGGAGCGGAGCGGCCGCCCGAGCGCUCGGGGCUCCGACCGCCCGCCGCGCUCCUCGCGCCCCCGCCGGGGCAGCCGCGAUGUGCGGGGGGAUGGCGGCGCACGGUCCGGGCGGGCCGCGGUGCUGGCAGAACCGGCGGGCGCGGCUGCUGUGCAUGCUGGCGCUCACCUUCCUGUUCUUCGUGGUGGAGGUGGCGGUGAGCCGCGUCACGUCGUCGCUGGCCAUGCUCUCCGACUCCUUCCACAUGCUCUCCGACGUGAUGGCCUUGGUCGUGGCGCUGGUGGCCGUGCGCUUCGCCCAGCGCACCCGCGCCACCAAGAAGAACACGUUCGGCUGGGUGCGGGCCGAGGUGAUGGGCGCCCUCGUCAACGCCGUGUUCCUCACCGCCCUCUGCUUCACCAUCCUGCUGGAGGCCAUCGAGCGCUUCACGGAGCCCCACGAGAUCCAGCAGCCGCUGGUGGUCAUCGCCGUGGGGGUGGCGGGGCUCAUCAUCAACCUGCUGGGGCUCUGCCUCUUCAACCACCACGGCGUCGGGGGCCACGGGCACGCCCACGGGCACGGGCACUCGCACGGCGGCCGGCAGCAGCACCCCCGCGGCGGCCCCAAGCCCGAGCAGCCGCCCGGCGACGCGGAGGCUGCGCUGAACCGCGACGAGACCAGCACCUUGGUGGAGAACUCCAGCAGCUCCAACGGAGUCAGCCAGGAGAAGCUGGGCGAUAUGAAAGAUGACAUGAGUGACGUACAAGUGAAUGGGAAUGCUGGCCAUUAUCCUCUGGAUGAAGAGGAAGUUGAAGAAGACUCUAGUGCACAACUUAACAUGCGUGGAGUAUUUCUGCAUGUUUUUGGAGAUGCCUUAGGUUCAGUAAUUGUGGUAGUGAAUGCCUUGCUCUUUUAUGGCUUGUGGAAUCCAUGCCCUGAAGACGGGCCUUGCUUUAAUCCAUGUGUCAAUAAUCAUUGCAUGGAAAAUGCUACUUUAUCCCGAGUACUUGGCAGAGCUAACAAGUCAGAGCCAGAGAGCAUUACGGUGGCUGGUCCUUGCUGGUUGCUAUAUUUAGAUCCUGUCCUCUGUCUGAUUAUGGUCUGUAUACUCCUUUACACAACUUACCCGUUACUUAGGGAGUCAGCCCUCAUCCUGCUACAGACUGUUCCCAAACAAAUAGACGUCCAUUCUUUGAACUCAAAGUUACGUACCCUAGAAGGAGUCGAAGCAAUCCAUGAAUUACACAUUUGGCAGCUAGCAGGGAGUAGGAUCAUUGGCACUGCUCACAUCAAGUGCCCUGACCCUUCCACGUACAUGAUGGUGGCCAAGCGCAUCAAAGAGAUCUUUCACGACGAAGGGAUUCAUGCAACUACCAUUCAGCCAGAGUUUGCCAGCGUUGGCUCUGAGUCAGGGAGAGGGAAAUGCGAGUUUCCUUGCAGGACUCAGUGUGCUUUGAAGCAGUGUUGUGGAGCAGGAGAAGAUAGUACUGCAAAGAAGACAGAAAAAUCCUCGUCGCUUAGUAUUUCUUGUUCAGAAGUUGUCAUUGAAUUUCCGAAAACGAGGAGGACUAAGUCAGAGAGCAUCCCUUCAGUGAAGCUGGAGGCCUCGAACACCGAUCAAAAUGAGCAGUUUGAGUCAUCUCUGUAACUCCCUGAAGGGUGCUGUCUGAGUUGUGGAGACUUUGUCAACAGCUGUGUUGCAAGAGGAAGAGACAGACGUUUGAGAUGCGAUUUUGCCAAAUAGUGUAAUUGCUGAAGUCCUUGUUCUUGUCAUAUUGCUAAAUAUAGAAUGCUUGUUUUAAAGAAUAUAAUGUCACUGUCAUGAUACAAUGCGUUUGUGUUGACUUUGUUUGACUGAGACAGACAGAAAGUGCAUCCAUGCUGUAACACUUCAGAAAACCAGUUUCAACAUUUCAGCAGAGACACUUUUUGCUGUGCUUCAAAUUAAGAUACUUUUUUCCAAUGAAAAGGUAUUUGAGGGAUAAGCAUGUAGGAACUCAACUUGUGUUACAGAUUUCUUGGACCUACUUUUUCCUUUAAUAUUUGAUUUGUAGAUAUCUUAAUAUAUUGUUUAUUUAGAAGCCCUAAGAAAACCAAAGUUCAUAGAACAUUUUUAAAGAUAUAACUACUAAAAACUGGAAACCACUUUACAGUUUCACAUAUUUUUCUUAAAGCUAUGUAAUAAUAAAAAUUGUGAAGGCUUUUUUUUAGUGAAUUUAUCGCACAGCAUAUUUUAAAGGCAACAUCAUGUGAUUGUCAGAAAUUGUCCCCUCUUCUUCUGGUAAGGUAGCUAGGUAAUUGAAAACAACAGAUGUGAAAGGGUUUUUUUCCUGUCAGAAUGGCAGUUCAAGCUACUGUAUACUGCUCUGUGAUCCAGACAGGAGACUGGUUGAUAAAGUAACACAGACUUCUAUGUUUUAUGGAUUUUCUGCUGUUUUCCCUUACUUCCAAGUUGUGUCUGGUCAUGAAAGUCUUUGAGAUUUAAGGAACCCUUGACUCAACAGUGCUAUGAAUAAAUAUUUAGCUGAUGCUGAGUUUACUAAUAUAAAAUAAUUAGUUCUGUCAAUAAGUGCUCUCUUGGUAAAGGUCUGUCAAGCACUGACAGUAUAACUCCUGCUUUCAAGCACAGACUGCAGCUCCCCAAACAUAAUGGUGCAUUUUGCUUCCAGCUGAGUGUGUCUGUAAAACACUUGCAGUGACUUCAGUCCUGGUCUCCCACCAUGUCCUCAGGAGUCCUCCACUGACUUUUAAGGAAGUGGUGCAGGUAUCACUGUAUUUCACACUUCAAGAUGCUUAUGUAUCACAUAAUUUCACUUACUCAGUAUCUGAAUCUAUGGUUUAAAAUCUUGACUCAGUUAAUUGACAACUGGCUCUAAAGAAGCUGUUACAGUGUGCCACCAACUUCCACCUUAGGAAAGGAGAGACUGCUCUGUGGACUCUGAAUUUGGCAGAGAUGAGAGUUGAAAGAUAAAACAUACAAGAAAUCUAAUCUAAAACCCUGGCCCUUUUGAUCCACUCUCAUGUUAUGUAUGGGAACUAAUGUCUUGUGAUUGCUCCUGUGUGAAAAACUGGAAAACAACUCAGAUCUUCCAUUCUUUGCUCUAUGACUCUGAACAAGAUAAACACUUUGCCUCAGAUUCCCUGUCUUCAAAUGGGGAUAAUACCUACCUCACAGGGUUGUUGUGAGGCUUAAUUAUUGUGUGAAGAGCUCUGAGAUCUGUUACUGGAAGGCACUGGAAAGAGGAUAAGAUACUAGAUUACCUGGCAUUUACUACUUCUACAAAUGUAUUGCAAUACCUAGGCACAACCAGAGGGAACUGAGGAUAGUUUUGGCCUUAUGAAUUCUUUGAUGCUGUGGUUUUCAGGUUUUUAACAGUAUUUAAAUACAGAUUUUUUUUAAAAAGAAUGUUUUGUUAGUGAAGGGAAUGUAGCUUUGCCUCCAGAUACAGAACACCUCCCUAGUUUGCAUUUUUAAUUUGUCUUGCAUCAUAAUUGCUCCUAAAUAGUCCAAAAAAAUAGUCCUGCUGCUCAUCGGACCAGGACUGGCCGAGUCGUGUCAGUGGUCUUACCCAAGCUCUCAGCAGAGCAUUGCAGUCAACUCUCGAUUAUCCAUGGGUGGAUUAGCAGUGCUGUGCUUUACCUGGGCAGUCUGCAGAGCCAACACCAGCCCCCGUCUCGCGCCACGCUCUGGCCAAGCGCUGUGUGCCAAAGCACGGGAAAGCUGGAGGUGCUGGCUCUGCUUCCAGGGAGCCCCUUCACAGGCUGCAUUGCUGGGCUGCAGCACAGCACUGCCUGGGGUUUUACCUCUUGGCUGCUCAGAUGCAUCUGCAGGAAGCUGUGGGCUGUGGGUGGGUGGGCUCGGCUUUGUGCUGGCUUGGGAUGUUGGUGCUUCGCAGCCACCAGCAUUGCUCACCUUUUUCUGUGUUUAUGCUUGUUGUAUAGUCUCAUAAACUAACUUAAAUGUGUUAAUAUAGUAUUUAUAUAUGUUUUUGUUUUUUCUGAAGUAUCUUAGCUCUUUUUUCUGUUACCUGUAUAUGAUCUAGAGUUGACUGUUAAAUGAGAUCUUGUAUGAGACUACAUUUGCUGAGUAUGCUACCACUGCUACUAUACUACAGAGUAUUAACCAAGUAAAUUUUGAAAUGAACAAAGUACUAUUUUUUUAAAUGUGUAUCUUUGCUUUCUAUGGUAAACUUUCACUAAUUAUUUUCAUUGCUGGUUUAAAAUUUGUCUCAAUCGUUAGUAUGAAUUUUUGACGUUCUGCCGUAUAUCACUAACACACCAUGGAACUACCGUUCUUUAGUAUAUUUUAAAAAAUACCAACAAAUUUGAACAUGGUAGCACUGGGAAGUCUGAUUAACUUCUUUCCUGUUGCUCUUAUAAAAAGAGGGCAACUGUUACCAUCACUGGUUAAUAGUCUCGGUAAAUGCAUCUGAAUAGAGGGAGUUGUAGUCACUAAUUCCAUUUUAAACUAUUUAAUCUCUCUUUUUUUUUGUGUGCCAGAAGUCAUAUUUUUCUAUUUCUGUGUCCAUUGCAGGCAAUGGCUAACUAAAAAGACAAAAAGCUCUCCCCCUCGUUAUUUUAAGUAUCAGGACAGGAUGCAGAGGUGACAGUGAUGAUGGUGAUGAUGAUGGGGGCAGGAGGGGGAGUUGUGUGGCCUCUGUCAUGUGCCCUGUUGCACGUGCAGCACCGGCUGGUGUUACCAGGGCCCUUUAGUCUCCUUAGCCCUUGAUGAUAAACUCCCUGAAAGCAUAGAGUGAGGUCAGCGUGGUGGCUGUGCAGUAGCAGGAACACAAUUUCUCUGUUCUGGCUGUAGGAGACCCGAUUGUAGCCCACUAGCUUGUGAAAUAGCUCGUGUUUUUUUUAAACUUGAUCUGUCUGGGGUUAUACAGACUUGAUUUGUUCUGAAGAUCACAGUUUAAGAAUACUGAGAGUAUUCAAAAGCAUUGCACAGUCUCUUUUUUUAAUUUUUUUUCCACAAAGCAUGAAACUAGUGAAUCUCAUGUAAGUGAACACUGCAGUGGUGGGGAGCUAAUUGUAUUGUGUAUCACAUUCCUGAAUUUUUAAAAUAAAAACAAUUAUGGAACACUGAUUUUAAGGAAAAA